GAUAUCAGAGACGCUCGGGAGCUCAUGGUCGGUGAGAACACGCCGUGCGGCAAGCUCCACCAGAACAUGGUAGUCGGGCAGCACACGGUGGGGAUCUGCAGUCCAGCAGCAAUGCUGUGGUAUUGCAGCGCCCUCCCCGCGAUGCAGCCUCUGUGGCAGCGGGCGCUGGAGCUGCCACGCCCGUGGCACAUCAUCAUUUACGGCGAUGAAAUAGGCGCUGGCAACGCGCUGGCGCACGUGCAGAACCGCAAGUCCAGGGGCAUCUACUGGACGAUCGCGGAAUUCGGCCCGCAGGAUGCGUGGUUCCAGCUCGCGACGAUGCGGGCCAAGACCGCGAACGACAUCCAGCCGCACGGACUGACGAUGCUACUGGACGCAAUCCUCGCGCAGUUCUGGCCUGAUCAGGGGCACAACUUCAGCGCAGGCAUCAGCUUGCGGCUGCGCCCCGACGGCGCGACGGAGCUCAUCCAGAUGGACCUCGGAAUUUACAUUCAGCCGCUGCAGCGGUCGCCGCAUAGCACCCAAGAUUACUUAGCAUACAUGUGCACAUGUAUAUAUCCAUUACGCCUUCUUGCGUCGCUGCAGCGGCUCUGUCGGAUCGCGGCCGAGGAUGCAAUACACCGCUUGAUCGGAAUGAAAGGUUCGUCAGGAAUCAAACCAUGUUUUACGUGCCGCAACGUGUUCUUGAAGGGCGAAGUUCGGGAUAUAGUUGCUUCUGAUGCGACGGGUGUCGCUGUUCACCACUCGGAACCAGAUGCGUCGCGGCUGCAGCCGAUGACGGCGCCGUUGCUCGAUGCCAUCUGCAACAGAUUGAUCGAAGGGGUCAACAUCGCGAACAAGGGCGAGUCCCAGGAGUUGGAGCGCCGACUUGGCUGGAACUGGGACCCCCAUUUGCCUGAGCGGGUUCGGAAACUCAAGCCGCUCGAGACAGUCAUGUUUGAUUGGAUGCAUUGUAUUUUCGUCAACGGUACAUAUAACAUUCUGGUGUUCCAAAUGUUUCGAAGGUUGAAGGGUUACUGGGCGCGCGCAGACGCAUAUUUCCAGGACUGGUCGUUUCCAGGGUGCCACUCCAUCCCCCCCGACACGUGCGCGAUCUUCGGCGAUAAGCGCGCGGGGUCCCACGUUGACAGCAAGCAUUUCAAGUGUACCGCCAGCGAGGGGCUCACAACCAUGCAAGUGGCUAGCGACGCUGCAGCGCCUGCAGUCCGAUCUGCUUGCGCAGUGUUCGAGGCGCACACGAUCGUUGUGGAAGAAAUCCUACGAGUAUCCAGGCGUCAGGCAGACGCGGAUAAGCUGCAGGCUGCGGUUAACAUGUUUUUGCUGUCGUACAGCAGCGUCUUUGGCAAGGAAACGAUGGCGCAGAAGUUCCAUUACCUGCACCACUUCGCCAACUACGUGAGGCGUUGGGGCCAUGUGGCGCUGCCGUCGUGCUGGGUUUUGGAGCGCAAGCACAAGACCAGCAAGCGCUUUGCGAACGCUCUUCAGUUGGGGGCUGCAGCCUCCAGCGGCUGGGACGCCAAUGUCCUGAAGAGCGUCACCGAGCGGCACCUGUGGCAGCUCAUGGAUGGCGACACCUUUAAGGUUAACUGCCUGGUUAACGCCACCAG